CUAUGAAUUUGGUCAGAUAAAUUUUAAAUGUUUAUUAAACAAUGUCCUAAUUUUUUGGUCAGAUGUUGAUUAAACUUUGCAGCAGACGUUAUUGAACCACAAUGAUAUAUAUACACGUGAGCCUCGCCUAAAUAAUUGAAAGUUAGGAAUAUUGAUUUGUUUCAACUCGAGAUGGAUAGUACACUUUCCAGCGGAGUAGAGUUAGGCGAUGUUGAAGAGAGAAGAGAAGCACAGGAAUUAGAAGAUGAAGAAAGCUUCGCAUACGCUAUGCAACUUUGCAAUUCGAUUGUGUUACCAAUGACACUUCAAUCUGCAAUUGAUCUUGGCGUAUUCGAUGUGUUGCAAAAAGCCGGUGAAGGUGCUCAACUAUCUGCCCAUGAAAUUGCUUCUCGCAUUUCCUGCAACAAUCCUGAUGCUCCUAAAAUGUUAGAUCGGAUCCUUGCUCUUCUUGCUUCUCACUCGGUGCUUAAAUGUUUGGUAAUUCAAGAUGAAGAAAAGCUUGGAUCCUUUCAUAGACUUUAUACUAUGUCUCCUGUUGCCAAAUUCUUGGUUCCUAAUUCUGAUGGUGUUUCAUUAGGACCCUUGUUGUCUUUGAUUCAAGAUAAGGUCUUCUUAGCUAGCUGGCCUGAGCUUAAAAAUGCAAUUAAAGAAGGAGGUAUUCCAUUCAACAGGGUUUAUGGAUCACAUGCCUUUGAAUAUCCAAGCAUGGACUCGAGGUUCAACCAAAUUUUCAAUACAGCUAUGAUCAAUCACACCAAAAUAAUCAUGACGAAGGUUAUUGAGACCUACAAAGGUUUUGAAGUCAUAAAUAAGCUUGUGGAUGUUGGAGGUGGUCUUGGGGUUAACAUUAAUUUGGUGACUUCCAAAUACCCUCAUAUAAAGGGUAUCAAUUUUGACUUACCUCAUGUCUUACAACACGCCCCUUCUUAUCCUGGUGUGGAACAUGUUGGUGGAGAUAUGUUUGAAAGUGUGCCUAAAGGAGAUGCCAUCUUUAUGAAGUGGAUACUUCAUGAUUGGAGCGAUGAGCAUUGCUUGAAGCUAUUGAAGAAUUGCUAUGAUGCUAUCCCUGAUGAUGGGAAAGUGAUUGUUCUGGAGUCACUUCUUCCUAUUAUACCUGACAAUAGUAAUGCUACAAAGACUAUCUCACAAUUAGAUGUUCUAAUGAUGACUCAAAACCCAGGAGGAAAAGAGAGAACUAAGCAAGAAUUUGUGGAUUUGGCAACUAAAGCUGGAUUUAGUGGCAUCAAAUAUGAUUGUUGUGUCCGUAACUUUUGGGUUAUGGAGUUCUUUAAGUAAAGAGCAUGUGCUACAACCUAUCGUGUGUGUGUGUUUUUCUUUAAGUAAAAUGAAAUUUGUGUAUGUGUUUUUAAUAAUCUGACUCUCGAUUAAAAUGGUCUGGUAAUCUGAGUAUAAGUGAGAAGUAAGUUAUGUUGGACUGAUGAUUGUUUUAGGAAUGAUUUAAAGAGUCAUUUCCUUUAAAUAAUUCUCGUGCUAUAUGUAAUUGUUUGUUCUACUAUAUAUUACUAAAUAGUAAAAUACUUGUCAUUCUAAACGAGUAA